UUUUCUCUUUUAUUUUUUUAAUAAAAUUUUAGGGAAAGAUGUCAAAUUUCAGCACAACAUCCAAGAGAAAAGUGCACCAAAAGACGUCGAAACAGAACACGCUGGCACUGACCGAACAAGAGCAAUGUCAACAAAGCCGCUAGGCGUGACUGCUUAUUCUGAAGCUGCAUUGCCUACUUGCCUCCAUGUGUUAGAUGAUAAGUGACUUUGUAGGAUAAUUAACCGUACAGUGCCGGGUUGAAAGGACAGUAUUUUGUGAAGUGACUUAACAAGGCUCGCCAGGAAAUCCCGGCCUAUGUGUAUCAGCAGAUGGUGACUUCAUCUAGGACCAGCACGAUGCCUAUCUGUAAAGAUCUGAACAUUGCAGACCUACUGGAGGUGCAGCUUCCAGGAUGUGUUGGUUGCCUUCCCUAUUCUUCUUUAGCAAAGUCUGCUGCAAAUGCAGAUCCCAUGAUUGAUGACAUUCUCUCUUUUGUAAGAGCAGUUAUUCCUGGUGAAGCUAAAGAUGAAAGCACUUUGUCCAGUCUCCCUUACAGUACAGGAACCUCUCAGGAUUUCUUUGGUAUUUCACUGAACAAAGAAAUUGAUUGUGGUUUAGAACACUUGACUUGCUUUAUUCAGUCCCAGGUUAACCCUCAGUCACACUUACAAAAGCCACAGAAUCCAUCACCAUCUCAGCUUGCCCCAGUUCAUCCUGCUCCUGCUUUCAUUACACAAUCCAAUAACAUUCAUCAUUCAUCUGACAACUGUCUACAGCCCUCAUUAGUAAACUAUGAUAGUCAACAAUCAGUCCUUCCCACCUCACAAUUGGAACAGCUUACUUUAACACCCCUUAAUAGAAAAUGCUGUGCCUCCUCAAAUACUUCAAACUCACAUCCCCAUUUGUGUCAUUUUAGCCAAACUCAAUCCCCUUCUCUUAACUCACAAAGCCUUGAGUUAGAACUCCACCCAUCACCCUCUCGUUUCUUUAAGGAAACUCAGAAGGAGAAACUUUCUAUCACUGAUAGUCACAUAGAUGUCACUCAACUCCUUCAAUCAGUGGAUCAUGGAUCUCAAAAGUAUUGUGAUAAACCUGACUCAAGUGCCAUAAAUCAAGGGAUUCAUCCAACUCCAAGUUGUAAAGAAAGUGUGGGGAAAAAUGAUUAUUUAUGCUCUAAAACAGGUCAAAAAGUUAGCUCUCCACCUUUGUUAGAAAUUCAUUCAGUUAAAGAUACACAGGGGGAGAAAGUAUGUCAACUGAAAGCAAACCUAGUCUACAGAGAUCACAUGAAAGCCAGUCCAAACUCCAAUAAAUACAGUAAAAAUGUUAGUGCAAGUUCUAGUAAAGUUAGUCUAAUCAAGUCAGGCCAAAGUCCUAACAAUGAUAAAGUUAGUCCCAAUAGUGAUUCCACCAAAAGUCAAGAUAAAAAUUUACAAGGUUCCAGCAGACCCCAGGUUAAUCUCACAACUGACUCCACCGGAAGUCAAGUUAAGAAUCAUACAAGUUCAUGUAGCAGUCAGGUUAAGGAUGGUACAAAUUUCAGCAAAGAUCAAAUUAGUCCCAGCAUCAAUUCCAGCAAAGGCCAGGUUAGGGACAGUACAAAUUCCAGCAAAAAUCAAGAAGGGCAGAUGAGUCAUGGCUCAAUUAAAGAAAAUUUUAAAAUUACCACAACCUCACACAAAGACUCCAGUGAAGAUCAGGUCAUAAGUGGUAAAAGCUCCAGCAAAACUCAGGAAGUAAUAACCAGUAAUAGUUCAGUGAAAGCACAUGUUAAAGCUCAAGACAUCAAGAAUGGUUCGAGCUCUAAUAAAGAUCCAAGUGUCAAGGCUGCUUCAAGAUUCCACAGCGAUCAGCCAAUCACAGAUGAUUCAGAAAGCAACAAAGAGCUGAAAAACACAUACCAUAAGCUGCCUUUUAUAAGCACUGAUGAACAAGAGAAUAAAGACAAUGAGGAUCCUCGGUGGAAAGAGCAGGCACAGCUCAACACUAAUGAGGAGCGCUACAGACUGGCUCGCAAAUUGUGGAAGAACCCGUGUGUGCCAGACCCAAACAAGAAUCUCACCAUCUUUAACUCCAAGCAACUCAAGGCUUGUCAAUCUCUCUCCUCCAGUAACAGCAGAAAACGUCAGCGCAGUCAGUCGUAUGACAUGGAUGAUCUUCAGCCAUUAAGAAAGAGGCAGCGCAGAUUUGAAAAUCUUGCUUUCACCACCAACCACAUCAUGAGGAGUAAGCACCAGGUGAUGAAUGAAUUUCUGGGAAAUAUACAAGAACCAAGCAUCAGUAGACAAACUGCCAAGAAGUUAGAAAAUUCACAUAAAGAAAAACAGUACAUGUUGGACUUAGCUCUUGAAGAGCUGAAUGCCAUACAAAUCUUCUAUAAUGGCUUACCAGACCAGGAUCUCACUGUGACCCAAGAGGAAGUGGAGAUGGGAUGGGAUGCCACAGAGCAUGUGUAUCAUAUUUUUGGUGAUAUCUAUGGAUAUAAUGGGCAAGAAUUCUUCCCUUGAACUCUCAUACUCUUCAUGAAAGAUCUCCUUACCUAAAACAUUUUUAUUUUUUAAUCUUCCUAACAGUUUCUGUCAUUAUUGUUUGAUGAAACACAUGAAUAAGUGAGUAAGAAACUAAUAGUGUUCUAUGCCAUUCAUGUUUGUGAUGCUGUACUUCUUCAGACUAGAUAGCCAUAACAUAAAGUCUUAGCCUCUCCCUUCCUUGAUCAAUCAUUUGACCUCUACUAGUACACCCUUCAGACAUAUACUACUCUAUUUCCUUCCUUCCAUUUCCCUAGUGAAUUUCUUCUAUUAGCACCUUCAGCCUUGCUCACAUACAUGUUCUUGUAUUAUUUCUGUGAAAAAAAUUAUUCUUAAGUAUCCACUGAAAAGUUCAUGAGAGUUCUAACUAUAUAUAUAUCAGCCCAGCAAACCCUCAAACACACACACACACACACACACACACACACACACACACACACACACACACACACACCUCAACUUAUGAAUUUAAUUCAUUCCUUGACAGAGCUCAUAAUUGGAUUUGCUCAUAUCUCAAAUCAGUUUUUCCAUUGAAAUCAAUUGAAAUGCCAUUAAUUUGCUCCAAACCCUCAGAAAAUAUUUUUAAUGUUUUAGAUCCAAUGUUAAAUAUAAAUAACAAAUAUUGUAUAAAAACAUUAUGAAAUAUAACAAAAUAUAAUGUAAAGAAAUACUGUCAGACCUCACCCAACAGGAGUAUUAGGCAUAAUGCUAAACUCGAGGAUUGCAAAACUCGCAGUAUUGAAAAUACUGAAGAAAGAUAAAGGAGAUUAUAAGAAUAUUAACAUUUUAUGCAUUCAACCUCUGGUGCUGUAUUCAGUGGCAAAAGCAAAAUAUAUGAAAAAUACAAGGACAGGUAGAUCUUACUGUGAAAGGAAACAACAGAAAGUGUAUUCAUUGUACAGAAAGCAUUAUUUAGCUUAAUAACUGCAUAAAAACCACAGCAUGAAAAAUGCUUCCACGGUGGAAGAAAAUAUAAUUUGAACUGAACUCGGACACACGAAGCUGGAUGGAUGUAGCAGCAAUGUACCUGGAGCUGUCUCACAAUUUGGAUUUUGGCUCACAUGUCAAAGCAAAAAGUCAGCCUAGGGUUCCAUUUCAGAUUUUGUCAUAAGUAUGGGAAUUCAUAAGUUGAGUUCCAUUGUACAGUAAACUUCCGAUUAACGCGAGUUUGAAUAAUGCGAUUUCAAUUUAACACAACUUGAUUUUUAAGAUAUGAUGGCUGCUUCCUCUUCUUAUGAACAGAGCAUCUCUGAAUUAUCACUCAAUGACACAGAGUCAAGGUAAUCCUCAUGGCAUGAUGGUAUAUAAAUACAAAGGUAUGAUAUCCACUAUAGCAGGCAAUAGAGGGGCAGAAACACAAAUAUUGUGGUGAAAGCAACAUACAAGCUAAAGAGGGUCACAAGAAGAAGCAGUUGGCGGCAGACAAAUGCCUCAAUCCUCAUCUCCUUUGGUUUGUUUUCUGUGUUCCAUGGAAAGAUUUCACUUUGUGCAUCACAAAACUAUCCUUUCUUGGUGGUAAGGCUUGUAAAAAGCUCAUAGGAAUGAUUUGUUAACAUAAAUGUACAUAUAUAUCAGAGUUCAUUCCUCAGUCUGGAGCUAAGCUGAACUGUGAGUUGAUAAUUUUUUCUCUGUGUUUUCACCUAGUGUCCUAUAGUAUGGCAUCCAAAUGUCUGUCAACCUCCUCACAGGAAAGAGAUUCCAAGAAAUCAAGGAAGACUGUGACCAUUGAAAAGAACUUGGAAGUGUUAGAUUGCUAUGCUAGGGGAAAAAGACCUCAGUGAUUGUCUGUAAUUGUCCAUACAACAGGAUUGAGGGAAAGCAUGUUUUGUACCAUCAGAGUUAAUAAAAUGAGAACGUGU